AUCACAUGAUUUCUAAGAAUCUGUUGAUCUAAUUACGCUUUUUUGGUGUAUUUUGGAAAGUUCCUGAUCGGGCUUUGAGAAGAGAAUAUUCGUGGUAGAGAUCCCAGGGCCUAUUUUUGGAUAUUCACCGUGUAUUCACCAUUUAUCUCUAUUCCAAGUUCAGACGGGCGACAAAUCAAAGUUCCUUGACGAACCGCGUCUCUGAGUAUUAAACAUGGAUGAAUGUCAAAGAAAAGUCGAAAAUGUUUUUGGUUCUCUGCAAAACGACUGGAUCGUCAUAAGAAGCGUAAUGCUUUGGAAAGAACCAGCGUAUUCAUUUAUUAUCUUCUGCGUUCUUAACAUAAUUAGCAGUUGUCAUACAACUGGGUUCUUCCGCUACUUUGUGUGGUGUAUUGUGUUAUGCGUAUUACUGCUGUACCUUUCCCUGAAGGUUUUGCUGAAGACCAAACUACAUGCUGCUAUUCAGAUAGGUAAAACCAUUGCAGAGCAAAAGAAAAGAUAUGAAGAAGAAACGCUUUCUUAUCAAAGAUUUUGCAGCGUUAUUGCACCUGUUUUGAAGUUUGUCGAACCAAGUUGGGAAGUGUUAAAGAAGCUGGUCUAUACUCGUUUGUUUUAUUUUUUGCAGAUUAAUUUCUUGAUUUCUGUGCCAAUGGGCGGCCUGCUUAUUUUAUUAUCAUUGUUUGGAUUAAUCCGUCUUAUUGCUAUACAGUUGUGGUUCUUCUCACUAUGCUCUUUGUGGAUGCCUUGGCAAUACUAUGGGAUUACCAACAUUAUAAAUGAAAUGCUAGGUACCUUCCCUUUACCUCCUCACCCCUAUAUCUGCAGCAACCACCUCAUGGGUCAAUGUCAAGCCGUUAAUUGCUCUCUGCGCCACUUGAAGAAGCCUUACCAAUGGAUGUACCGCCUUGGAGGCGAAUGGGGGAUGAUGAUUGACUAUGACAACGAUAAUUUGGAAACAUGUUUCUGUAUUGACAUAAUGGGUGAAACACACACUUUAGAGCUACUGGAUCGCGUUACAUUUGGAAACUCCACAUUCCACUACGUGAACUUUAGUAGCAUGACCAUCAGUGGAGAGUUUUGUCAAGUACCGAUAAAAAGACUAUCCACCAAGUCCCGAGCUGAACUUCCUGGAUGUCCUGUUGCUACGAAGUGGUGCUGGUACUGGAAAAAUGAACAUGGAAACUUCGUAGAAUACCAGUUCAACCGAAUCGAUGCAAGCCAGGAGCUCGAGAAACAGUACAUAAGAGGUGAAACCAGUUUUGGCUUUAAUGUGGGGCAGCAGAAAUACGAACUUUACUUUAAAAGGAGCCCCAUGUGCCAAAAGAACAUGUAUUUCCACACAGAAAGAGAGGUGCGAAGACGACCUUGCUUGAACGAAUCUGCCAGACUUACCUUUUGGAAAAUCAUGGAAAAGAAGAAGGAAAAAAAGCAGAAAGGGAUAGAAGACACACAAGUAAACAUGCGAGUGAGGCUUGAAAAACUGCAGAAGGAAUACCGGAACAUCGAAGCUUUGUUCACGAAGACCAUGAACAAGACCCAUAAUAUCGAAUCUAUUGAAAGGUUGGAAAAUCAAUCCGUUUGGGAGAAAUAUAGCAGCACAAAGAGUCAGAUGUCUCGUGGUGCUUCUGACGCGAACGAGCGUUUCCUUUUUCACGGGACAAAAAAAGGAAGUGUAGAAGGAAUCUGUAAGAAAAACUUCGACUGGCGCAAGUCUGGUACAUCUACAGGCAGUCUCUACGGCGAAGGAACGUACUUUGCUACUGAGGCAUCACACAGCCACCACUAUACCUGUGCUGAUUUGAAUGGCUCUCGUUACAUGUUUAUAGCCCUUGUGUUGGUCGGAUCUUACACUCAAGGAAAUCAAGGUCUACGAAUACCACCACCUAAGGACAACGAUCCACAUGGUGAUUCUUUUGAUUCUUGUGUGGACAACGUUGAAAAUCCAAAAAUGGUUGUGAUCUUCGAUAAAGAUCAGUGCUAUCCUGCAUAUCUAGUAAAGUAUAGCGCAUAAUACAUGCACCAAUAGUACAGUGGACAAUCAAGUUGUGAGAUUUAGUGAUAGAGUCUACCAAAGCUGCUUGUAGUUCUAACAAUAAGAAAAGAAAGUAAGUACAAGCUUACUGAUUCUUUUAUCUCUUUAUUGCUUCUUGAUAACCGUCACUCACAGUAGAAUUCUCUUUGAAUUGGAUUUUUUUAAAUGUUUUCAACUACUUUCGAAGUGGAAAAAUACUGGUCUUCAUUAGGCAGGAACUGUCAAAAAAGAAUCUUGGUAUACUCGGUAUCAAGACAUAAUAAGGCUUAAAGGAAGAUUAUACUGAUGUAAAGUAGAGUACUCGUGAUUUAACCAACCCAAUUUAAUCGGUAAACAAAAUUCUGCGAAUUGAAAUAAAUAAAUAAAUAAAUGAGUAAUAUAAAUA